GGAGAGUCUACAACCAUCACUGGAGAACAUGCUCGCUGUCAACAAGGAGUCUUUACUUGCGUUGGUCCUCCUGGCCACACAGAGCGUCAUGGCCGAGGGAACAAUCAAAGACUCAGGUUUCCCUCGUUUGAAGCGGAUGGUUGGUGGGACGUUGGCCCCUCAGGUCCCAUGGCAAGCCAUGGUCUACCUGUCUGACAGCGUGCUGGACGGCGGGUAUGCAGGUGGCGCUCUCAUCGCCGACCGCUGGGUGUUGACGGCUGGAAGGAACCUCUUUAUUAGAAAGAGUCGACAGGACACUCAGGGAAAAGAUCCUGUCAUCCCAAAAGUAUAUUUAGGAAUCUCAGAAAAGGCAGAAGCCAGUGCCUCCAAAGAAGUCGCAGUGGACAAGGUUUUUCUUCAUCCAGACUUCCAGAAUCAGACUGACUGGGACAACGAUCUGGCUCUGAUCAGACUUAACGAGUCUGUAAUCGUGACUAAUAAGGUCACUCCGAUCCCCCUGCCGGAGAGAGGCCAGGACCUGGACACUGUUGUGGGCGGGUCAGGGGUCAUCGCUGGCUGGGGCUGGGGGGUCCACCUCACCCCUGCUACAUCUCUCAAAUACCUUGUUCUCCCUCUGGCUAAUUACUCUGACUGUAAAGCAGAAUACGACCGCACCACACACUCCCCGAGUCUGGAUGACAACAUGUUCUGCACCAGAGCCACAGAGCUUGAGGAAAACAUUUGUUUCGGUGACGCGGGAGGCGCGCUGGCUGUCAGAGAUGCUCAAUCUGGGGACGUGUACGCUGCAGGGAUCCUCUCCUACGAUAAAUCCUGCAGCCGAAACAACUACGCCGUCUACAUGAAGAUUUCUUCGUAUUUACCUUGGAUCAAUAGAGUCAUUAGAGGAGAUACGGAGAAGUCAUCUGCUCUGCGCUCUGAUGCAAUGGCUAAAAUGUACCGAUAGCAGCCACAGAGCUUCAGGCUCUCGCUUUGACAGAUAUUUCAAGAGAGAAAUCAUUGCAAUGUAUUGUGUCAGUAAAUGGCUUUAAUGUCUGUAGAUUAAAUGGAUUUGAUUUAAGAGUUCUGUCACAAACCCACAGAGUGGUAAAUAGGUCAGACUAACAAUGCCUUCUGGCCUUGUUUCUAAGUUAGGAUUUAGUUGACAUAUUUUUGAAACGACUUUCAGAAAGGGGUAUAUAUUGAAAUAUGUAAAUUUACAAAGGCUACAGAAAAGACAA